UGUGUGUGUGUGUGUGUGUGUGUGUGGAUGUUGGUACCAGUGAGCACAUGAGGACAGUAAUGUGAUCUGCGCUGAGGUCUGCCGGGGCUCUAUAAGAGGCUGCGGCUCAGAAACACUGACCAUCACAGCAGAGGACCCGUGGACUUAAACCCACCUCCUGUUACUCACAGACCCACUGAAGCGCUUCACACAGACGGCAGGAGGAAUGGGGCUGCACAGCGUCGAGGAGCUGGUGUCCGGUAAGAGGUCAGAGGGCAAAGAGGCAGAUCAUUUCCAGGGGGGCGUGUACGAGGCGGCUGUCAAUCAGGAGAAGCAGGAUGACCUCAGGUCCCACAGGGAGCUGGUGGGCAGAGACGAGUCCGAGGAGGGCGAAAGCGGCAGCGAACAUGAGGAAGUCAGCGUGGCAGCUCUCAAUACGUCUGUCUCGUUGCUGUCCUGUCAGACGGAUAAAAGCGGCAGGCUGAAGUUGGAGACGGUGGAUGACUUGUUCAACAUCCUGCAGCUGAGAAAGAGGAGAAGGGAGAGGAAGGCCCCUUUCCCAAAGAAACAUCAGCCGGAGCCCGAGACCCUGCCAGAAACUGUGGACGAGCAGCUGUUUCUGACUGCAGCCAUGGACAACAAGCUGCCGCUGGUGGACAAGUACCUGAGCGACGGAGGAAACCCCGAUGCAGCCGACCACUUCCAGAGAACAGCUCUGCACAAGGCCUCGUUCAAAGGACACGUGGAGGUCAUGAAAAGACUCCUGGGAGCCGGAGCCACCAUCGAGAAAAGAGACAAGCUGGAGGCCACAGCAGUCCACUGGGCCUGCAGAGGAGGCAGCCUGGCUGCCCUGCAGCUCCUCCUCGAACAAGGAGCCAAGAUCACCUACAGAGAUAAGCUGCACAGCACUGCUCUGCAUGUGGCCGUGAGGACGGGACACUGCGAGUGUGCCGAGCAUCUCAUUCACUGUGGAGCGGACGUCAACGCCAAAGACCGAGACGGAGACACGCCCAUGCACGACGCUGUGAGGAUCAACAGAUUCAAGAUGAUCAAGCUGCUGAUGAUGUACGGGGCCAGCCUCCACACCAAGAACUGUGAUGGAAAAACUCCCAUGGAGACGCUGUACUCCUGGCAGAACGGAGCCAAGAGCCUCCUGUGUAACUUCAGCCAGGACCAGCCCGACCAGUAGAGCCCAGCACAUUCCAGCAAGAACAGGAACUCAGCUGGACCCUCAGGAAAUGAUGAAUCUAACGCUGGCUGAGCCGCAGUGUCUGGCUGGAAGGUGUCUUAACUCGCACCUGACCUCAGCUCAGUCCUUCGUCGUCAGGGCUCAUCCAUCAGGUGCUCACCCGAGACUCACAGGGACCUGAAGGAGCCUUUGAUAACAAUGUGAAGUCUAAUCAGGGUGUUGGUAGUGAAGUGAUUAUUAGCACUGAUAGAUUCAUUGAUCUCCAAAUAUUGCUGGGCAAUGAAGAUGUCUUUUUUUGAUUUUUACUUUAAGCUGAGUUGAAGUCAGCGAUACUGCAUCAAAGAAAUGAUGUAUUGAUCAAUUUAGCAGAUUUGAUUGAUUUAUUUCAAUACCACACACUUAAUAACUGAGUGACCAUAUAGACUAGUUGGUUUAAUGAUUUUUACUUAGAAUUUCUUGAUUUUAAUGUACCGACUAAUGGAAACAACCCAAAGAAACUGCCUUAGUUCACACUUUCCUCGUACUGGAUCAACAAAACUCAAUUCCACUGUACAACUUAUUUAUUGAUUGAUUGAUCAAUUGAUUGAUUUGUCUGCGGUUUCUCCAGCUCAGUGUGGAAAGGCUAAACCUGCUCUGGCUGGUGGAUGUUAUACUUAAACAUUCAGAUGAGAUGAACCAAGUUCUUUGGUCUUGUGUACUUCGUGAUUGGGAGGAGGCGAAACAGGAUGACGUAAGUUUUUGGAUCCGUUUGAGAAGAAUCUCUCCCCUCACUCACAUGCAGUCUUCACACCAGACUCACUAAUGUUAACUCGUCCUGCUCUCAGCUGCAGUAAAACGUUUGUUCCUCUUCCUCAUGACAUUUUGCAGCUACACACUCACCGUGUGCCUAAUUUUCCUCAAACCUCAAGCACUGAUUAGGUUUUUUAUUUCUGUAUGUUUAGACUAGACAACCUUUAGACUUUCGCAGUUUAAACCAAGCAGCUCACCCUGACUUCCCUGCUGCUGGCCCCUUUUGUUUUGUUGCAGUGAAGAUAUUUUAGGAAUGUGAUUCCUCUUCACAUCUGAAUAAUGAACACACACACACACACACACACACACACACACAGGCAGUGUGUGGGAGAGAAAACGUUGAAAAGUUGCUGUUGGUUCAGAGGAUGUUUGUUCAUGUGGGUAGAACAGGUUUUGACACGUUGAUGGUAAUCUGAUUUAUUUUUUACUGUUGACAGUAUUGUAUUGGAUGUACAUUUUGCCUUGUAUUUAUUGACUGACUGAAUAAAAGUGAUUUUGAAUGGAA